AUUAAAAACAAACAAGUUCAAUUAAAUUACAUUGAACAGUAUGUUGUAGGUUUAAUAACUAAUUUUAAUGAGGAAUAAUUGAAAAGUAGUAGUCUCAUUAGAAUAGAUUUCUGUCGUGACGAAUAUGCAAGAAAAUCACAAAAAGCUACAUUUUUCAGUUCAGUAUUCAGACGCUAGAGGGCAGCAACCCACCAAUCGAAGCACGCCACGUUGAAGAAGAAGAAGCAGGGUAAAACUUUCUUAUCGCGAGACUUCGCUCAAAUAUAGCGCGGGACCGUUGGUAAAAACAUUGAUGUUGAACCAUAAAACAGUUAUGCGAAUAUCAUGGUAAUUUAGAGCUGAGUGACAGUAAUUUACGCCGUCUUUGGCUCUCUUUGGUUGGUAAAACUUAGCGCUGUUGUGACAGUUUGUCUGUAGCUUCAGCUUGUUGUCAGACGGAGUUUCUCUGAGGUUUGUUAGCUGGUUUUAGCUCGGCAGGCUAAUGGAUUCCACGGAGGAUUUAUCCCCUCGAAUUCUCCUCAAGCAAAUUCUGAUCACCGAGCCGCCCAGGACUCCGGUCGGCAGCAGUGAGCCCCACGCAGCAGGUAGCAGCGAGCCGCGGCGCAGCAGUAGGCGCAGCAAGAGAGAUGCUGAGCCCCAAACGCCACAAAACAUCCUGCGACGCAGCCUGAGGAACAAAAUCCAGGAGAAUAUAACCAGGAAAUCCCUGCCUCUCAAGCGAAGAACUGCCUCCGCUGUGCUCAGACAGCAAGCUCCCUCCUCCUCCAUGAUGUUUGACGAUGGAGAAACUCCCAGGCAUUUACUCAGGAAGAUCCUGCAGACAGAGCCUGCGAAGUCCCCAGUGGUUCAUGACAAAGUUGCCCCUGCAGAGCUGCAGCCUCCUUCAAAAGACAAUACAGCUACUAGAAGUCACUCUAGUUUUGACCUGUCGGAUCUGGAUCUGCCGGAUGUGACAAUGGGGAACACUGUGAGCGCCGCUAAGGGCCUGAGCAGGAAGAGACCGCGUCAGAGCCUCAACGUCACCGCUUUUGAAAAACGACUUAAAGGUGAAAACAAUGCUGAAGAAGAACCAGAAAAUUCAAUAGGUGAUCAUUCAUCUCUUUCCCUGUCGAGCUCCUCCUCCCUGAGUCUGAAAACCCCGUUUGUUGACGUUCACACUGAGAAGAGAGGCCUUCAGAGACGAGUUUCAAACCGCAGAAAGAUCACAGAGGAAGAGUUCAGUGCUGCCCUCAGCAAGCAGCAGAUGGGAGAUGUGAGCCGUGAGGCACUGCAGGGGCGAGAGGUCGGCGGCGAAGACACAAACCUGGCGGGAAUCACGUUGGGUCUGAGCAAACUGAGCGAGCCUGACGUCACGGUUGACAUCGUGAACUGCCAGACGGCUCUGUACGACCAGCAUGACGCCAUGACCUCCAACUUCUCCAUCAAACCCACCAUCAUGGCGACUCAGCUCCAGAGAGACAUACAGGAGGAGGAGGAGCGCAGGGAGGAGGAAAGGCAGAAAUCGGCUGAAGAAGAAGAAGUUGUGACCAACAUGGAGGAAGAUGAAGGCAAAGAAAAUGUUGAUAAAACACAAGAUGUUUCAUCAAAACCUGAGGAAAAGGACAAUGCAGUUGGAUUCCAGACUUUUGAUCUGGAUGAUGGAGUUGAGGCUGCAGCCGACUCUCAGUCUGAAGACGUCGAAGGAGGCUCUGAGGAAGAGGAGGCCGCAGUGGGUUCUCAAGCUGAGGAGGAAGGUGUGGAGCAAUCCCCAACUCAGGAAGAGACUGCAGCCGAUUUUCAGUCUGAAGACGUCGAAGGACUUUCUGAGGAAGAGGAGGCUGCAGCUGAGGAGGAUGAAGGUGAGGAGCAAUCCCCAACUCAGGAAGAGACUGCAGCCGAUUCUCAGUCUGAGGAAGAGGAGGCUGCAGCGACCUCUCAAGCCGAGGAUAAAGAUGUGGAGCAAUCUCAGACUGAGGAAGAGGACGGUCCUCCUGAAAACGCUGCAGCAGCUUCUCCAUCUGAGGAAGAGGAGGCUGCGGCUGGAUCUCAUCCCGAGGAUGAAGGUGGAUCAGAAGAAGUUUAUCAACUCCAACGUGACGACGAGGAAAAGUCGGACGGAGCCGAUCGUCAGACUGACGAAGACGAUAACGAUGAAGAGAGGAAUCAGGAGGAAGAGCGACACAUCAGUCGCAGGGCUUUUCGCUCAGAGGGCGGCCUUGUUCUGCCCGUCGUCACGGCGACAGAAGCUCACUCAUUCAUGAAGUCCAAAAGCUACAGUGCUCUGGGUUUGAACACCAGUUUGGAAAGAAUUCAGAAUCAGACUGGAAAACCAGACUGGACUAAACCUUCGCUCCAACAUCUGGACGAAGAUUUCUGGGAUGAAAACGAUCCUGCGGACAGAAAAAACGCCUCGUUCCACCUCCUCCAUGUCAGCCAUGAUGCAGAGGUCAGCAGGCAGCAGGAGGAUGUUGAAGCUGCUGCAGAGGAAGCCGGAGAACAUGAGGAAGAGUCGGAUGAGGAGGAGGAUGAUAAUGAAGAUUUCCUAGGCAAGACGCCAGCUUUUGUCAGAGAGAAAAUAAAGUUUUUUACCUCCAGUCCUCCAGCAUUGCCUUCAGUUUCUAAAAAUCUCCCAGCAAGUAGUGCAAGCAAAGCUUUACCUGCAGCUAAACCAAAGCAGGCGAGACGGCGGCGAACUGGGCUGUCCAGGAGGAAAACGGUCCUACCAAAGACCUACCUGAUGAGUGUCUUCAAGCACUUCGCCAAAACAAAAGUCUCUGCAGAUGUCUUCCCCGUCCUAAAUGAGAUAAUGGAUAAGUUCUUCGACCGUGUUGCUGAGGACCUGGAGACGUAUGCGGCUCACGCAAACAGAAAAACUAUCAAAGUGGAAGAUGUUAAGCUUCUGUUGAGACGGUACGUUUGAUUUUACCGCACGUGUC